AUGGCAGGUGCAUCUGGGCGAGUCGCCUUGCUGAGCAGUCUUUGCUCUGGUAAGAGCACAUGGAAAAUACAAGCUAGAGUUGUCCGCAUCUGGGAGGCCUACCCAGUCCAUGAUCCUCUAAGCCCUUUUGCCCUCAACCUUGUACUCAUCGAUUCUCACGGAACCAAAAUAGAAGCCACUGCACGGAAGGGGUUGAUGGCCAAAUUCAAGUCUGAGUUAAGUGAAGAGAAGGUUUAUAGGAUGUCUUACUUUGCAGUUGGUGCUAAUGGUGGUGGGUUUAUGGCGUCUGCCCAUGAGUAUAAGAUUUUGUUCAAUGAUAAAACGAAGGUGAAACUUGAAGAAGAUUCAAUGAUCCCCUUGAAUGUUUAUUCAUUCAAGAAUCCAGCCGAGAUUCUGGCUACCAGCAAUGAAUGUGAUCAUCUAAUUGGAAUUUCAGUAAUUGCCACUAAUGUCAUGUUGAAUAUCCCCAUGCAGGAGAGAUUGUGA